AUGGAGAAAUUAGUCGAUUUCCCAAUUGAAGUGUUGGAAAUAAUAUUUCAACAGAUGAAUCAUCACAUGGUAUUAAAUUUGAUACCAUUACAUUCUAAAUUUCGUGAAAUUGGUCAAACGAAAUUAUAUAAAUUUAUACAUAUAUAUUUUAACGAAAGGAAGAUUGACUAUUGCACUUCUGAUGAAGAUGGAUCACAAUGUUCAACUUCCACUGAAUGGAAAAUGCAUAAAGACAUUUUAAAUGACUUUACUAAAAAGUUUACCAUCAUUGAAUCUUAUAAUUUUUACUCAAGCGUGAUUGAUCAUAAAAUUGAUAGAUUUCAAAAAAUUGAAAAUCUUAGUAUUGAAAAUGAGGACUUUUUGGAACACAUAGGUAAAAUAUCAUUUACAAAUGGAUCAGAUGCACAAUUUUUAUUGAAAAAAAAUGUUAUGUAUUUCAAGAAUAUAGAUUACAUUACUUUUGCUUCAGCUAACGACCAACUAGAGCCAAAUAAAUACCGAAGUUCUAAAGAAGCAUUGGAGGCUAUAACUUAUCAAAGACUUGAAAAUUAUGAUGAAUUAUUUGAUAGGAUAUUGUUUUUCGAUAUUAAUAAUAAUCCACUGCCACCUGAUUUUUUGUAUAAUAACCUCAAAAUAUUAAAGUUUGAAUUUGGAAUGCGUUGUAAUACGGUGAGAAGAUACAAUCAUAAUGAUAAGGACGAAAUAAUUAUAAAAGAACCACGAGAGGAACCACGAAAGUGGUUGUUCACAUUAGACAAUUUUUUUCAUACAGAAGAGAUCACUUCAUUAUCGUUAGACCAUUAUAGCGAAGUGGAAUAUGAAAGUGAUCUCGUUUUUGAAAAAUUUGAAUUUUGGGAAAUGCUCGCAAAUGCCAACUUAUCAAAAUUGAGGAAUUUAAGUUUAUCUUCACAUUAUUUGGACUUGAAAUUGAUUGAUAUUUCAAAACUACAUAAGUUGACUAUACGUACUGAUAUUGCUAAUGAUCAUUUUGCACUUGAAAUUGCCAAGCUAUAUUUCGAUAAUCCAAAUUUAAAAUUAUCUUGGUGGCCACGAUUUACAAGACCAUAUGACUAUUACCUGUUUGGUUUCAUUAAAAAUAUACAGAUGUAUACACCAGAUUAUUUUCAAAUGAUAUCUUGUCAAUGGCCAUCAUACUUAUUCAAGAGCACUAAAAUUUCAAAUAAAAAAGAGGAGUCACUUAUUAACCAGAGUAAAGCUCCCAAAACAUUAGAUAUAAUUUUGAAAAACGAGUAUUCAAUUGAAGAACUUUUUGAAAUGGAUCUCAUUGAUGAUGGUUAUGUUUGCGAUCUAAUUUUGGAUAUUAUCAAUGAACACGAAGAGUUACAAUUUUCACGUCAGAACAAAUAUUAA